AUGCGCACUUCGGCUCUAUUUCUUCUCUCGGCUUUCAUUGGGGCGGCGGUGGCUGCGGACUUCGGCCCAGACCAAACGUUCCGCGACCGAACCUGUACUCUUCCUUCUCCCGACUUCCUGAACAAAGUCUCCCUCUUCGACCGCCUGGCAUUUCUUCAAAUCCAGUCCAGCCCGCUCAUAUCUGAUCGCCAACGUGAGGAGCAGAUGCGAAGCUGGGCAAGCCGACUUGGGGAGAAAGUACAGAGUGCUCUGAACGACUACCUGGCCGCCGUCUCCGAGAAGAAAGCGGAACGUGCAGAGGGAGAGGUUCAUGUUGUCGAGGAGGCAGAAGCAGCUCUCACUCUGGUACAACAAGUUCAAGCCGAUCCGGACUUGACCUCAUCUCAGAAGAAGGUGAAAAUCGCCAUCAUCCUGCAGAAAUCAGCAUCAGGAGUGAAUACGAUCGUCACCUCAGCCCAACUCAACGCCAUCUGCGUCAAGAACACCACCGAGGACCAGGGCCUUUUCGACCACUCCUGCGACCUCCCCUCCGCCGACUUCCUCAAGAAGGUCAACGUCCUCGACCGUCUCGCCUUCCUCCAAAUCCAAUCGAACCCGCUGCUCACUGAUCGCCAGCGUGAGGAGCAGAUGAAGAGCUGGGCCGCUAGGCUUGGAACAGACAUCCAGAAUUCUCUUGAGGCCUACCUGGCCGCUAUCGCCGAGAAGAAGGCCGAGCGUGCUGCUGGCGAGAUGACUGUGCUGGUUGAGUCGAUCAAAGCCCUCGAUGCCAUCCAUGAAGUCGAGGCCAACCCGGAUUUGACUAUUGCUCAGAAGAAGCUCCAGAUAGCAAGCAUCCUCUUCCAAGUUCCGAGCGGAGUGAAAACCAUUGUCAUCGCGGCUCGCCUGAAUGCUGUCUGCUCCCCGAUCAUCACCACGACUGCCCCCGCUACAACUACUGCGGCUCCCACUGAUACUCCGACAGACGCCCCGACGGAUGUCACCCAGGAGCCGACAGAUGAGCCCCAAACUGAUGCUCCCACCGACGGGCCCAUCACCGAGGAGCCAAAGACUGAGGUCCCAGUGACCGAGCCGACAGAAGGCCCGCAAACUGAUGCACCCACAGGGGAGCCAAUGACUGAUGCGCCAAUUGACGUUUCGACCUCCGAGCCUUCCGAAGAGCCGCAGACGGCAGGACCAGUAACUAAGCCUCAGCCGAAGCCUGUGGACCCGACCGAGCCGCCGAAGCCGACUCGUGGCCCCACUCCGCCCAAGCCGUCUGAUGGACCGACGCCUCCUAACGGACCUACUGGACGUCCCACUCCUCCGAAUCCGCCAACGGGACGCCCGACGCCGCCUGAGGGACCGACGGAAAGCCCCAAGCCCCCGAAGCCAUCUGAUGACCCUGUUGGACCUACUGAUGGACCCACCCCGCCCGCUCCAUCGAAGAAGCCAGAUGAGCCGACGACCAAGCGAGGCCCUGGCACCACGACUCGCGGCGGACGCCACCAUCAUCACACCCACCGCCCCCGCAGGACCACCACCACCAAGCGCUCGAAGAUCACCACCACCACGAGGGCUCGCCGCUUGACCACGACCAGACGUCACCGC